ACCACUUCACCGAGAGACAAGAGUCAAGAGCUCUCUCUCCCACACGCCCACCACCCACAGACAACUCCACCACCCACCAAAUAUAUAUCCAUCUUCACUAACAAAAACUAUGCUAUUUUCACUUCAAUCACCAUGAAUUCUAUCUCAGAAUCCUUUAGAAACAACCCUCUUCUCCUCAACCAUAUCAUCCCUCUAGACUUCAACAAUGUUCUUAAGCUACCAGACUCUCACGCAUGGACUCUUUUUCCUGACCCAUUAAACGAUGAUGAUGACUCCAUUCCCUUGAUAGACCUUGCCCAACCACAUGCACUUUCGCUUAUCAGACAAGCAUGUGAAAUAUGGGGUAUGUUUCAGGUCACAAACCAUGGCAUUCCCAUUACUCUUCUCCACCAAAUUGAACGACAAACCCAAAGAUUGUUUGCAUUGCCGGCUAACCAGAAACUCCUAGCCCUCCGGUCACCAGACGGUUUCACUGGGUACGGCCUGGCACGCAUCUCCAACUUCUUUUCCAAGCAAAUGUGGUAUGAGGGGUUCACCGUUAUGGGCUAUCCUGAGCAGCAUGCGAGCCAACUUUGGCCAAAUGAUCACACCAUCUUCUGUGACGUAAUAGAAGAGUACCAGAGGGAGAUGAAAGAGCUGGCUGAGAAGCUCAUUGGGCUACUGCUCGAGUCCUUGGGCUUGACCCCAGAAGACGUCAACUGGUUCAGGAACAUACACCACCACCACCACCACCACCAAGAUGUGCUUCAAUUGAACUCAUACCCAGUGUGUCCUGAUCCAGGCCGAGCCAUGGGCUUGCCUCCUCAUACUGAUUCAUCUUUGCUCACUGUGCUACACCAAAGCAAUGCCACUGGCCUCCAAGUCCUUCGGGACGGCAUUGGGUGGGUGCCGGUGCACCCAGUCGACGGUGCACUCGUCGUUAAUGUUGGUGAUUUGAUGCACAUUAUCACCAAUGGCAGGUUCAAAAGCGCACUUCAUCGAGCUUUAGUGAACAACACUCGUCACAGAAUGUCAAUUGCUUAUUUUUAUGGCCCACCGAGGGAUGUGAAGAUAUCACCAUUAAUGAAGCUUAUCGACUUUGAUCAUCCGAACAUGUAUCGGCCAGUGACAUGGAAAGAGUAUCUGGAUGUCAAGGCUACACAUUUCGACAAGGCAUUGGAAUUCAUUAAAUAUGAUGCGUUUAUGGCGAAGCAAUUUUAGGCACUGGUCAUUUUCUUUUCACCUAUUUGCAGAUCUAGACUAGUUUUACUGUUCUAAUAUAUUGCAAGAUGUCGUUUAUGAUAAUAAAAAAAAAAAAUGGUUUUCUUUUUCCAUCAAA